AGUUGGGUUCAAAAAGGCACACUCAGUCACUCGCACACCUCCUUUCACUGUUUCACAUACUCUGUUUUCUCUGCCUUAUCUCCUCCUCCUCCUCCAUCCAUGACUACUCUAAGCACUCUCUUCCGCCUCCACACUCCGCCGUCAAACCCACCACUCUCCCACACCUCUCCGCACCCCCUCCGCCUCUCCUGCUCCUUCAAACCCACAAAACCCCGCAAACGACCUUCUCUAUCCGCCUCAACACCGCCGCCGCCGCCCGCCAGAGACAGAGUCAUAGACUUCGGAAAACACAAGGGCAAGAUGCUGGGCACCCUCCCUUCCGCCUACCUCAAGUGGGUCUCCAAAAAUCUCCGCGCUCGCGACUUCGAGGACUGGGCCAAGCUCGCCGACCAGGUCCUCGACGACGCCGUUUACCGGGACCGGAUCGAGUGGGAGCUGGCGGAGAACAUCCUGAACGGGAAUCGGAGGAAUUUUAUCGCCGCCGGUGGAGUUUCGGAGCUGUUGGAGAUCAGCGAGAGGUUCGGUUGGGAUAAUGAGGACAAAAUUGGGUGGAGCAGGGUGAACUUUGAGCUUUUGGGGACGUCGAAAGGGGGGAGAAUUCCGAGGAGGAGUGAGAAGAAGGGAGGAGAGAGAGGGGAGGAGAGGGAAGAGGAGAAGGAGGUAGUGGAGGAUUUGGGGGAGGUCGGAGAGAGGCGGAGGGAGAGGAGAGUGAGGGUGAGGCAGAGAAUGAGGAGGGAGGAGAAGUUGGGGAUUUUUGAAAAGAGUGGGGGUAGUGUUACAAAUGGAGUUGGGUUAGGGAGGGAGAAAGAGAGUGGCGGUGAGGAUUGGAUGGUGGAGAAUUCGAAACGGUUUCCUGGACGUGAAGGUCUGUUGAAAAUGGCAUACAGCAGAAGAACCGGGAGAUUUUCGUAAGAAUUGUUAUUAGCACAUUAAAAAUUUAUUCUUAAAUAUUUUAAGGAGUGCCAAUAAUAAUCUUACUUUUUCUUCGUUUUCUUAAGUUGAUUAAAAGUGUAUUUAGGAUUUUGAGAAUUUUGAGAUAUUUGACUGGAUUUAUAUAUUCAUGCAUUUUGAUGAA